AUGGCUUCCUCCGCCUCCGCUCGCAGUCCCAACGCCAACGAGGCAGAGACCGCCGUCAAGAGGACCGCCGUCGGCCCCAAGAACCCCAUCGCCGUCGUCGCCGACCCCGCGCCGUCGGCCGUCUCUGCUAGCCUGAAGAAACAAGCCAACAAGCGUAACAACAUUCGCGUAGCAAACUGCCAGUGGGAGUGUCUGAUCUCCGCAAGCUUGUGUCAGCAGCAGUUGACACCUUCGAAGAAGUUCGUGGUCUUUCCCCAGCAGAAAUGCAGGUGCGCACGGACUUCAGAGACCGCCUGCCAGAGGCGCUCAAGGAAAUUAACACCCACUUAUUGGAAGCAGAGAAGGAAGCAGAUCGGGAAGGAGAUGCCAACACUGCUUUAUUUUCAUCAUGCUCAUGCAUCCAUGCGCCCAAGACGGAAUGGGACCCGUCAGGUGGAGUGCAAGCGGCGCGGCGGCGGCGCUCUCAUCUCUCAGGCCUCACUCGGCGAGCGACACCCUGACCCUCCUGCUUCAUUUUAUCCCACCCGCUUCGCUGGAAAAAGCGCCCCGCGGCUGGUCAGGGGCAUCCGCACGCCGGGGGCCACGUCGUCGUCCGUGAAAGCUGCGGCUGCCUCGCGGGCGUCUCGCUCCGCCGUAAAAACAGCCACGCCGGCGAUCAGGGGCACUCCAAGAACGGUGACAUCCAAGCACCUGAAGGAACUUGCUGAAGGAAGAGACGCAACAGCAACCAUUGCAGCUAGCGUACUGCAAGAGGCAUCAAUCUUUGAUUCACUUCUCAGGAAUGAAAGCGAAUUCUCUGAUAUCUGCGAUUCGGCAAAGGUCUCCGAUCCACUCCCAACAGUUGAUCCUUUCCUCGGUGUCUACAAAGAUACGCUUCGGUGGAAGGACGUCGCGGAGUCGGUGGCAUCUGUGGAGCUAUCAGCUACUAAGUACUGGAUCGGUGGUGGUACUCAUGUUGUCCACGAGCUGAGCUUGCCAAAUGCACCCAAGACAAAGAGCACGGCGAAGGAGAGGACGGCUGAGCUUGCCAAGGACUUGUGCGGCCAGAUGCAAAGAUGGUUCCUGGAUUUUGUGGAGGCACUGGAUGUGGAGAACAAGUGGAAGCACAGCAGCGACACACCGACGCUUCUCUCACAGUUCGAAAAGAUCAGCGACUGGUUGGAGCAGGUACAGCAUCAGAUCGUGGUGAUCAAGCGCUUGAAGCACAGGAGAUGA